AUGAAGCUAUUCCCCUUCAUCCAAUACUUUAUUGUUUGCGUAUCGCAGAAAUUCUGCGUCAUCGCGUUAGCACUUAUUGGCCUGGUGGCCGCGGAUGUCAGUCACCUUCAACAUCCGGGCUAUAGCUAUGGCGCCUCCUCCUCAUCCUCGUCCUUCUCGGAGGGUCAAUUGGCACUGCCAGGUGGCGAUUCCAGCAGCUAUCAGCCAGAGCACUUGAUUCCCCAAAACCUAAAGACGGUUAAUGUGGAAACAGCUUCUGCCCAGAUCAUUCCUGGUGGCGAUUCCAGCAGUUAUCAGCCAGCUCAAGUGGAAAGCGCAUCUGCCCAGGUCAUUCCUGGUGGCGACUCCAGCAGCUAUCAGCCAGAGCAAUUGAUUCCGCAAGCUCUGAAGACACUUAAUGUGGAAACCGCUCCUGCAGCUGAUGCGCCAGAGUCGUUUAACCUUGGAGCCGAUACCCAGACGCCGGAGCAGUUCAUUCCAGAGGCCGAUCGCAUUGCCCACUACAGCUACAUCCAGUCGCAGGGUCAGGCGGCUGCUCCAGAGGCUCAGGUAGCGACGGUUUCUGAGUCAGUCAACAUUGGAGCCGAUACCCAGACACCAGAGCAAUUCAUACCCGAAGCGGAUCGCGUUGCCCACUACAGCUACAUUCAUUCGCAGGGCAAGGCUGUUCUGCCGACCCCAGCUGCCGCUGCCCAAGUCGUUCCUGGCAGCGACUCCAGCAGCUAUCAGCCAGAGCACUUGAUUCCCCAGCAUCUGAAGGCCGUUCAUGUGGAAAGUGGCACCGCUGCUGUAGCUACCGAGUCGUUCAACCUUGGAGCCGACACCCAGACACCGGAGCAGUUCAUACCCGAGGCCGAUCGCAUUGCCCAUGCCACCUAUGGACAGGAGCAGGCGCCAGUGGUGAUUGGUGCCAAUACCAUUACACCUGCGCAUCUGUACCAGGAGCCCACAUCGAAUGGCAUUGAGGAGUUCAACGCGGAGACGCACGUGCCCGUCGUGAUUGGACGCGAUACGAUUACACCAGCUCAUCUGCAGGCCAAAUACUCAGCUGGCGCUAGCACCAACUAUGGCACUCAAUACGGAUCCAAUGGCGGUUAUGUUUACUAA